GAUCACGAUGGCUGCUGCUGUUGACUUGCUUGGGAUUCUGCACGGCGUGGAUGGACGAGAGGCCUGUGCUGGAGUCUAGAGACGGAAAUCUGUUCAUUUCCGCCGCGAAGGACAGGAACAUCACCCUGAAGAUCCUCGGGGACGGUUACGUGAACGUGAACGAAAUUAAUUUGCUCCAUGUCGCGGAAACGGCGGACAGAGCGACGCGUUUGAUCGAGAGAUGGAAAACCGGAUAUCUGGCCGAGGUAGAAUCGAAUCUACAGCGGUUGAUGCAAAUUGUGGAGGGACCGGAAGGUUUGGAAAGAAGAGUAGCCACGAUCAAAGGCUUCGGAGAUGGGAAUAGCACGUUUCAACCGGAAAACUUGCCGAAGAAUCAGAUACGACACGUGGAGGACAAAGUGAAGUCGAUAGAGGCGAAGUUGAAGAUAAACGAGUGCAGUAGCAAUCCUUGUAUGAACGGUGGCUCGUGCCAGGACCUUUACGAAGGAUACCAGUGCCAUUGUCCGUCGAAUUGGGAGGGACCAAAUUGCAUGGUGGACGUGAACGAGUGCGUUCGAUUGUUGGGUACAGACCUUGGAUGCCAAAAUGGAGCUACUUGUCACAAUAUUCCAGGAUCAUACAGAUGCGACUGCGCUCCAGGAUGGUUCGGUCUUCAUUGCACAACGAAGAAGUCCGUUUGCAGUACCGAAAACUCUGACGAACUCUGUGGCCACGGUGUCUGCGUCGCAACCGGUUCAACACUCGGUUACACGUGCAUCUGUGACCAAGGUUGGCAAGCGGAUGGUACCAAUCCAGCCUGCAUUAAAGAUGUGGACGAGUGUGCCGGAAACCAUCGGCCAUGUUCCGUGAACCCUUGGGUCGCCUGUCGCAACGCUCCUGGCACAUUCUUCUGCGACGCCUGUCCUCGUGGGUAUACAGGAAACGGCUACUAUUGCACUGACAUAGACGAGUGUCAGCAAGACAACGGAGGCUGUAGCACGUCUCCCAGAGUUCAAUGCAUCAAUACGAUGGGUUCCAGAAUGUGCGGUGCCUGUCCCACAGGAUACCGUGGCGACGGUGUAACCUGCAUCUACGUCGGUUCCUGCGCGAUCAACAACGGCGGCUGUCAUCCAUUAGCCACGUGCGUCGAGAAUCCAGCUCUCACCAGUGCCUACGUGAUUUGUCGUUGUCCGAAUAAUAUGGUGGGCGAUGGAGUCGGUCCAAACGGUUGUCAGAAAUCCGGAGAAGUCUCUACGGUAGCCUGCCCCAGUAAUCGCUGUGUGCACGGCAGCUGCGUUCUUGCGCCCCACACGAACGAUUAUAUCUGCCUGUGCAAUUUUGGAUACACCGGAAUGGCGUGCGACGUCUCGAUAGACCCAUGUUUCCCGAACCCCUGCAAGAAUAACGGUGCCUGCCUAAAUUCGAACGGUGCAGCAACUUGCGAUUGCGGAUCCUUGUACACAGGCAGCAGAUGUGAAACACCGCGACAAACCUGUGGCGGUGUAUCCAGGAAUCCCGUGGGACAUCUUCAGUUCCCGAUAGCCGGGAACGUUUAUCAGCACGGGCUGAGCUGUGCUUGGGUCCUCAUCACCAACAGCUCGCUCGUGCUGAACGUCACGUUCUCCAAGUUCAACUUGGAGCAAUCGAUCGAUUGCAAAUACGAUUUUCUCCAGGUACGCUACACAAGAGAACCUAGUCUCUACGCUUUUUUCUUCCAAAUCAUACACGAUGGAAAGAACGCAGGCAGCCAGAUAAUCGGCAGAUUUUGCGGCAAGACUUUGCCCCAUGAGAAUGGAAGUAUCGUGUCCUCCCACAAUUCUCUGUACUUCUGGUUCCACUCUGAUAACAGCAUAUCGCACGACGGAUUCGCGUUUCACUGGAAUAGCACCAAACCUGUUUGUGGCAGCACUUUGACGGGCGAUUAUGGUACGAUCAGCUCUCCUGGAUCACCGGGCAGGUAUCCACCCGAUAGAGAUUGCUAUUGGCAGAUCAGUGUGCGAUCCUCCAAGCGGAUACAGAUUCAUUUCGGGCAGCUGAUGCUCGAGGAGCAUCCGAACUGCGACGCGGACUUCUUGAAAAUCUCUACUAUACACGGUGAAACGCUGGGAUUGUACUGUAAUCACUCUCAUCCAGCACCUCUGGUGGUACCAUCCUCGAAAGCUGUCGUUUAUUUCCACUCCGACAGCGCUGGUCAAGAUGCCGGCUUCCAGAUCCACUAUUCCGCCAUCGAAGGUACGCCAGGUUGUAACGGAGUAUACACUAAACCUUCCGGUACUAUCAGCAGCCCUGAAAACCUAGAUACGGACGGAGAGAUAGAGUGCGAAUGGAAGAUCCAAAUGCCCGUUGGUGAACGGAUAGUAAUAACCUGGUCCGGUUUCUCCUUAUCUGGUGCUAAUUGUCAAAACGAGAAUAUCGAGAUUUACGACGGAGAUUCCAGCGAGUCUCCCUUGAUAGAACGAUACUGCGGCACCAACAUUCCACCUGUCGUCAGAUCGAACUCGAACACUUUGCUGAUCAUCUUCAAGUCGAAACUUUCGGCGAAAGGCGUGUUCUCCCUGACGUACAACGUUCUCUGCGGCGGUGUGUUCACCGAGGAUAACGGUAUCAUCGAGUCACCUGGAUACCCGAGCACGACCCACCCUAACAAACUGUGCGUCUACGAGAUCAAGCCAUCGAAGAACAAAAGGAUCGUCUUGCAUAUGCUGGACGUGGACAUUCCAGGACUAAGUAACACCGACUGCGACUACGUGUAUCUGAGCGUGUACGACGGACCGAACGAGAACUCUCGGCGUUUGGAUAAAAUCUGCACCUCGGCGAGUGUCACGGGUGGGCCCGACCGGACGUAUUACUCCACGCACAAUUUCAUGUUCCUCAAAUACUCGUCCACGGAGGGUUCCGGGGGACGCGGCUUCCAGGCGAACUACACGACAAUUCCGACCAGAUGCGGAGGAAUAAGCACAGAGUUGACUGGAACGAUCCAGACACCGUUAAAAGGCGGCUACUACGAACAAGACAUAGAUUGCAUCUGGACGUUGCAAGCUCCAAGAGGACACGUGGUUCAGCUGACCUUCUUGUCGUUUAAUCUGGAGCAGAACAUACGUUGCCGGCACGACUACGUGAUGAUCUACGAGACCCAGGGACCCGACAUAGUCGUGAUAGGAACUUACUGCGGAUCGAAGACACCGCCGAUAAUAAUGACACAAGGGAGCACCAUGAACGUGGCUUUCCAUUCCGAUUCGUCCAUCAACCGCGAAGGAUUCAUCGCUACUUAUCUCUUCAUCGACGCGACCAAAGUCUGCGGCGGUCACUACGUGAAAAUGACCGGCGUGAUUAGGACGCCGAAUUAUCCCGAGCGUUAUCCCGGUAGAAAGGACUGCGAGUGGAUAAUCGAAGCACCGAAUAGACAGAGGAUCAUUCUCAACGUGAAGAAGUUCGAUUUGGAGGAACACUCUAACUGUAUAUUCGACUACCUGGAAAUUAGAAAUGGUGGCUACGAUACGUCGCCGUUGAUCGGGAAAUUCUGUGGAACUGUCAUACCCACAGAAAUUGUAAGUCAGACGAAUCAAUUGUACCUGAAGUUCGUGUCUGAUCCGACUGGAUCGCAUACUGGAUUCGACAUCGAAUGGGACAGCACGACGUCUGGUUGCGGUGGCACUUUGACUGCCGCGUACGGCGAUAUCAUUUCGCCGAAUUAUCCGCACAUGUACAGCCAGCUAGCUGACUGUUACUGGAAGAUCGCGGUGGCGGAGGGCAGUUGGAUUCGAUUGUUAAUAAUCGACCUGCAGCUGGAAGAACAGGACAAGUGUAGAUUCGACUACAUGGAGAUAUCCGAGGGUAUCGAUCGCCGUAACAGCGAGAGAUACUGCACCAGUCCUUAUCCAAAACUCAUUCAGAAGAACUCGAACGUAGUGAACAUUCGGUUCCGCAGCGACUUUACGAAUUCCGGUCGCGGUUUCCAUCUGAAGUAUGAAACACUAUGUGAAAACAGGGUGCACGGUUUCCACGGCGUGAUAGAGUCGCCUAAUUUCCCGAACAAGUACGAGCACAAUCUGAACUGCACCUGGACAAUCGAGGCGCCUGUCGGCAACGCGAUCAACCUGACCUUCUCUCACUUCGACCUGGAGACUUCUGGCACUCAAAAUGCCUGCAAGUACGAUUACCUGCAGGUGAACGAGGGCGAGGACAAAGACCAUCAGACCGAAUUGGCGACGUUCUGCGACACGGAUGUUCUUCCACCGCGGAUUCACUCGUCGAAGCAUCUGGUGUUCGUCAGAUUCGUCACAGACUCUAUGAUAGCGUUCAACGGAUUCCGUCUCGAGUGGGUGGUAGACGGUUGUGGCGGACACCUGACCAGGCCUUUCGACGAGUUCACGUCGCCUGGAUAUCCGAACUCCUAUCCGAAGAACAUCGAUUGCGAGUGGCUGAUCGAGGUCGAUUACGCUCACAGCAUAGAGCUGACUAUCCACGACAUAAACAUCGAGAGGCAGAAGGGCUGUUACUACGACAAGCUUCAAAUCUACAGCGGCGAGAACGACGCGGCACCGUUGCUAAUCGAGCUGUGCUACUCCAGCAAACCGAUAGUGUACACCAGCUUCGGGAACAAGAUGUUCGUUAAAUUCCACUCCGACAUAUCGUACUCGGCACGUGGAUUCAACGCUAGCUACAAAAGCGUGCCUGUCACCUGCGGCGGUAAAUACACCGCAGACACGGGGGUGCUAUACUCGACGAAUUAUCCACAGAACUAUCCUCACAAACAGAACUGCGAGUGGUUCUUGCAGGUGGAUCAGAAUUACGUGGUUAAUCUGACCUUCACCGACUUCGACAUCGAGGACACGAAGAACUGCACAGACGAUUACGUCGAGAUAUACGACGGUCCAACCAAGGAGUCGCCGUUAAUAGCUAGACAUUGUCGAAACCAGUUACCACCGUCUUACGUUUCGUCUGGAAACGAGAUGUUAGUGGUGAUGAGGACAGACAGUAUACUGGCAGCGAAAGGAUUCUACGCGGAAUAUACCAAGUCCUGUGGCGCUCGUAUCAUCGUGAGGGAUAACGGUUACAUCAGUCCGAUAGAAAGUUACACCGGCAAGUUGAACGAGAAUCCGAAUUGCACUUGGAUAUUGAUCGCCGAGGAUCCAGCCGAUCACGUCACCGUAACGUUCACUCAUAUGGAGAUAGUGGUGGACGGACUAGGCUGGGACAAUGACUGCUCUUGGAACUACAUAGAAGUUUUCGAAGGGCAGGGUUCCGAUGGGCCGUCUCGUGGCAAAUGCUGCGAUAACGUUGUGCCGUUGCCGAUAACCAGCUCCGGGAAUGCACUCACCGUGCAUUUGUACGCAAGUUACGACUUCUUUGGACACUUUGCGUUCACCUAUUCGGUGCUAAAUUCAGCAUGCGGCGGUACGUACACCUCGUAUCAGGGAAAGAUCGCCUCGCCAGGCUAUCCUAACACCUAUCCGUUGAACACCGAGUGCAUCUGGAUCAUAAAGAACUCACCUGGGAAUAAGCUCAGCCUGACGUUCUCCGAGUUCGAGCUGCAGCAGAGCGAAAAUUGCGACUUGGAUUAUCUGGAGAUACGCGAGGACAGCGGAAUUGGCAAGCUGAUAGCCACAGCUUGCGGGACAGACGUGAACCCGGUGCAAACUGGCGCUACGCUCUGGAUGAAGUUCAAGAGCGACGGUGACGACGUGGGCAAAGGUUUUGUGGCUGAGUUCAAGGUGGUAGGUGGUAACGAGCUCAGUGCACCUACCGGAAGGAUAACCUCUCCUCUUUACCCGAUUCCCUACAAAACUAGAGAAGUUAUAACGUGGAGAAUCGCGGUGAAGUUUGGAUGGGUGAUUCGAAUCGACAUCACGGACAUAUUCAUCGAGGACAUGCAGGAAGAAGGAUGCUUCUCCUAUCUUAGAGUGUACGACGGCUACGACAAAGAGGCGCCUAUUUUAUUGGAAACCUGUGGUAUGACCAUUCCUGAGCCCAUCACGACGAGCAGCAACAUUGCCUUCGUCGAACUGUCUACCGAAAUUAUGCGACAGGGAAGCUGGUUCGAUUUAACUUGGCUUCAGAUACCCAGAGAAACCGAGAGUUACGAGCAAGACGAUAUUAUAUUGUCAGAAUGCAACAAGGAAGUGGCUCUAAUGGGAAUCCAUAACGCGACCUGCGAAUUCACGUCACCUGGCUAUCCAAACGGCUACGAUAACAACGUCCAUUGUGUCUGGGUGUUCACAUCUCCACCUGGUACUCACCUGGUGCUCAGGAUACUCGCGAUGGACCUGGAGGAGUCUUCCAACUGCUUCGCAGACUCCGUCACCGUUUAUUCCGGCAAUGCUGCAAUGAGCCAAAAUAACGCCGAAUUGGUGCAACAAUUGUGUCUGUCGAACUCCACUGCCGCUUUGAUCAAGGCGGGUAACGUGAUGACAGUGAAGUUCGACUCUGACAGUUACAUCAACGGAACUGGCUUCAGCGCGUACGUCCAUCGAGAGUGCGGUGGUAAGCUGCAAGGUCCGAACGGAGUGAUCGAGAUCAAUAACAUAACCGUGGAUAGAACAGCUCGUAGCUGGCAGGUGCUUUGCGAGUGGGUCGUCGACGUGAGACCUGGACGAAUGAUAGAAGUGAAAAUCGUUCAGAUGUCGAUACAGCAAGGUCCCAGUUGGACGUGCACUGCUAACUAUCUAAUGUUGAAGAACGGCGGUGAGAAAACGUCUCCUUUGCUCGGAGCGGGUAAAUACUGCGGCAACGUGAUACCAGCGCCGCUUCAAACAACCGGAAAUCGACUCUACGUGAAGGCUCUGGGCAUUCGAUCGAACAUCAACUUCAAAUUAACAUACAGAGAAGUGAGCACGAAUUGCGGUGGCGAGUUCGUACUGUCCAAACAGCAGACAGAAUGGGAGAUUAAAACACCGAAUUACCCUAACAUCCCUCCGCCGUACUCCGAGUGCACUUGGACAGUGAUGUCCCCCGGUAAAGAGAGAAUAACCCUUCAUUUCGUCGAUAGAUUCGACCUGAGUUACACCAUAGACUGCGAGAAGGAGUACGUCGAAGUGAGAGACGGCGGAACGGACAGUUCCAAGUUGAUUGGACGAUACUGCACGGACGUUGCACCAAGUAGCAUAGCUAGCACCGGAAAUAUGAUGUACGUCCAUUUCUACACGGAUAUUCCGGAGCCGAAGAACGGUUUCAAAGCGGUGUUCAGUAUUCAAGACUCUUGCGGUGGAACGGAGAGAGCAACAUCCGGUCUCAUUUCAUCGCCAAAUUAUCCGUUCUUCUAUCCGAAGAAUCAGACCUGCGUUUGGUUCAUAAACGCCCCGGUCGAUCACACGUUGAAAUUGACCUUCCUCGACAUCCACUUGCCUGGCUAUCGGCGUUGCAAAAGCAUCGAUCAUGUGGAGAUCAGCGAGAUUCUGCCAGGAAACGAUACCAAGUCUCUAAUUGGAAUGUACUGCGGCCUGACACCGGCUACCGUGGAAACUUCUUCCAAUCAAGCUGUGGUCACUUUCCACAGCGAUAAUUUCGAGAGCGCGGUCUACAGAGGCUUCACGAUGACGUUCCAAGCCAGCCAAGAAGUGUGCGGAGGCGAGUUCACCGCUAUGGAGACAACGAUCAAGUCGAACGGCUAUCCUAACAUCGCGACUCGUGCAAGAUACUGCGAUUGGAGAAUCAAGGUGCCGAAAGGAUACCACGUGGUCGUUGAAAUACUCGACUCAGACAUCAUGUCCCCCUCUGAAGCACGAUUUGGUUAUUCAGUAAUGUUCUACAACGAUCUACGGUUCAGAUCCAGGAUCAAGGUGCUGCAACCGAACAUGACCGGGCAACUGAUAAAAAGCUCCAGUAACACUAUGAUGAUCGGUUAUUACUCGUCUCCGGGCUAUCGUGGAUUCAAACUGCGUUACCGUGCUGAAGCACCUGCUCCUUGCGGCGGGAUCAUAACCUCUGUGAAGGGUAAAUUAUCAGGUCCGACAGUUCGACCGUUCAACGAAUCCUCCUAUUACUGCCAGUGGGACGUGAAAGCACCUCAGAGCAUGGUGAACAACACAAACAACACAGGAUUGACGCUGUCGCUGUCGGUGACCGGCAUGGUUGGCGGGCUGCGCGGCUACGCGUACACUAAAUACUGCUACAAUUAUCAAUACAUCUCUCUGACUGGGCUCGGUAUGAUCUGCGGGAACUUCUCGGAACCGGUGUAUCUGAGAAGUCCGAAGCUAAUUAACGAGUUGAUCAUAGUGAACAGCUCGCUGGGUAAACCGAUGAAUUUCACACUCCAGUACGAAUGGCAGCCCUGCGGUGGUAUUCUUCAAGAAUUGUCGAACGUUAUAAACCCGCCUAAGAACGUGUCUUAUCCUAUCAAUUGCGUCUGGCACGCUAAUUACCCGGACAACGGGGAAAUGAUUAAGCUGCACUUCAACAGGCUGCAUUUAGGUGGCUGCGACAAGAAUUACAUCAGCGUCAGGAACGGUGGACCGAACUCGCCGGAGAUAGGCAAAUUCUGCGGUAACGUUCAGCCGUACAACAUAACCAGCACGUCGAACCAGCUGUGGAUCGAGUACACCGCAGCGGAGGAACCGAACGACUUCGAGUUCGUUCUGGAACCGGCGAACAACGGAUGCGGAGGCGCGCUACGCGGCACGAGCCGCGAGAUCGCGUCGCCUAAGUUCCCGUCGCAGUAUCCGAACAACGCUGAAUGCACCUGGGAAAUAACCGCGUACAACGGCUACCACGUCGGCCUGGUGUUCGUCGAUCGUUUUAAUUUGGAGAGCAGCAACAACUGCGAGAAGGAUUACGUGCAGGCUUUCGAUUGGGUGAUGGAGACGAACGGAUCAACGGGAGGAAUGUGGAAGGACCUGGGCAAAGUUUGCGGGAGAAACACACCGAAGCCGUUAAAUUCGACCAGCAAUCGCAUGAAAGUGAUUUUCCACUCGAACGAGGCGAUUCAGGGUGACGGAUUCCGUGCAAUUUGGAACGAAAAUUGCGGUGGCAUUUUCGACGUCACGUCCCACGUCAAGGUUAUCCAAUCACCCUCCUAUCCUAAUUUAUAUCGACCGAAUAUGUUCUGUAAUUACACCCUAUUGGCGCCUGACAAGGAUAUCAUCGUGGAGUUCCUGUAUUUCCAGCUUGAGCACAGUAGGAAAGACUGUCAUUUCGACAAUUUGACGAUCUCGGCAGUGGAUCAAUAUUCGGUGGAGGAUACUGUAUGGUGCGGAGAGAACAUGCCGCCUAUUACCAGAUCACUCGGCAGUAUGGUAAUCGUGUUCAGGACCGACAGAUACAUUCAACGAAAUGGUUUCGUCUUCAAGUACUAUCUCAACGAGUGCGGCGGAACCAUGAGAGCUCCAGGAGAGAUCAAGUCGUUGAUGAACGGUGCGGAGUACUUCGGAGGAGUAAACUGCUUGUGGAAAAUCGAAGCACCGCCGGACCAGAGUAUCGUCCUUCGUUUCGAAAAAUUCGAACUCGAGUACAGCUACAGGUGCAUAUACGACAGCGUGAAAAUCUUCGACGGUCCGGAGGAAGACGACGAGAAGAGGUUGGCUCUGUUCUGUGGAAACUUAACGGAGCAGCUGCAAAUCGUGAAGUCUAACUCAAGUUCCAUGGUGGUCCACUUCUACACGGACAAUUCUCGCCAUUUUGGCGGUUUCCUGGCGAAGGUUCUAUUCGUGAAGAGUGUCGAGGCAGGAUGCGGAGGUACCAUCGAUCUAACCACCACUCAAAGUUACUCGUUCAGGACGCAGAAGGGUUCGACUUACGACAGCUUGGAAGACUGUCACUGGAACGUGAUAGCAGACGCAGGAAAGAAUAUCAAGUUCACUAUCAACAGUAUAGACGUCAGAAAUGCUACCAAUAGAACAGCCCGUUCUGACAACAAGUGUACCGGCGAUUAUCUCGAAGUUCGCGACGGAGGUGGUCCUUUUGCCGAGCUAAUCGACAGAUACUGCGGCAAUCAAAUUCCACGUCCUGUAUUGUCCAGUACGAGGUCACUUUGGAUACGAUUCAUGAGCGAUGGCACGCUGGAAGGUGCUGGAAUCACUGGAACGUUGGAAGUAGUAAACGCGUUGUGCUCUGUAGCUCCUCAUCUGAACAGCGAGAAGAAGCUCGUACUGACCUCGCCGAAUUAUCCGAAUAAUUACCAGCAAGGUACAAGGUGUCGUUGGCAGUUGCAGUCGUUCAAAAGCUCCAUCGAGAGAAUGAGGAUACAGUUCUUGGACUUCGACAUGCCCGAGUCUGGUACAUGCGAGAACGACUUCCUUCAGAUAACAGACGUACAGAAUCGAAAGUACAUCGACGAAGGAUUCGGCGAGAAUUUCAUUUUGAAUGGUCACAACCAGCAAUCGUCCUACGGAGACAGUUCGUAUAAUACUCCAAGCACCUCUUACAAAUACUGCGGCAACAGUUUGCCUCACGAUUACUACAGCUACAGCACAGAGAUCGAGGUAAUGUUCAACGGUAUCACUCCUGGCCACAGAGGUUUCAAGCUCGAGUACAGUAGCGCCUCCUGCGAUCGAAAUUACACAGGUGAACAAGGACGAAUAAUCCACGAGAGCAUCGACGACUGUUGGAUGACGAUCACAGCACCUCCGAAUCACACAAUCUCCCUUUAUUUCAAUCAGUUCAUGAUCUACGAUCCGGAGAUGUGCACGAAAUCCGCGUUGCAAGUGUUCGACGGUGGUUUCAACGGCACGCUGACAGCGACGUUGUGCUCUACAGCGCUACCCAAUCCUAUUUUCAGUACCGAGAACAAGCUGAGUUUACAUUCCUGGACUGAAUGGCCCACUAGCUUCGAGUACUACGACAUCACGUACACCACCACGGACAAAGGUCGUGGAUGCGGAGGUCGAAUAUACAAUUACGCUGGAUCGUUCUCGUCGCCCCUCUAUCCGAACGAGUAUCGCAACAGCACGGUGUGUACGUGGGACAUUAGCGUGCCACGAAGUCUGAAACUGGUGCUGGAGUUCACGGUGUUCGACAUCGGCACGAGGAACAACUGCAACCCGAACUUCAACAACGUGGAGAUCUACGAUGUCACGAAGACCGGGGAACUAGAUCUGGCGAACAUCUACUGUGGAGGGGAUGAGCCAGCGCCGUACCAAGCCACGAGUAACCGAUUGGUCGUGAAAUAUAUCUCGUCGAUGAAUAACGUUGGAACAGGUUGGAAAGCGACUUUCAAGGGUCAGGAUAGCUAAGUCGAGACGAACGAUUUACAAAAAUAUUUAUUCUUCGUAUAUGUAUGUACAUUUCGGGUUCGACGCGGUGUAUUUACGUUCGAUAGAUCUACUACAGUUUCAGGUCUAUCGAUCGUAGUAAGGUGAAUAAUUUUCGAUAAAAUUGCUAUUUGUAAAUAAUACAACGUUUGCGUGACUCGUCGUGGAUCCAUAUGAAAUAAACGAGAUUUAAUACAACGUGGUGCUUUCUUAUUGGUCGAUGAAUAUCGACCGAGAUACCGGAAACUUGAGAAAUCGAUAACGACGAACGCUGUUUGCUAGGGGGAAAUUAAUUUCACAAUUCUCUUAAUAUCCGCGAAUCGACGAUGCGUGAUCGAUGAUAAAUGACAUUUCAGAAUGUCGC